GCUGCGCCCGGGCGCCCACGACCUCCCGGGAGCAUGCGGCGGCCUCGGCUCGCGACGCUGCACACUCGGCGGGACCGUCCGGCGCGCGAACUGAUGCCCUUGGCCAUGAAGCACCCCCAACCUCUGUCUGCUCGGGCGCAGCCUGCAUGACCGAGCCAUCGCUGUCCCAGCUGUUUUGCGUCUCUGUUCCCGUCACUGAACAGUUUGAUGGGGUGUCGGGCGGAUGACAGCGGGAACAGUUGUGAUCACUGGCGGAAUCCUAGCUACAGUCAUCCUCCUCUGCAUCAUCGCCGUCUUGUGCUACUGUAGGCUCCAGUACUACUGCUGCAAGAAGAGCAGAGCCGGAGAUGCAGAUGAGGAGGAGGAGGAUCGCGACCUGCCCCCACACCCCAGAGGCCCCAGCUGUAAUGCCUGCAGCUCUCAAGCCCCCGACGGCCGAGGCGGCCUGGCGCCUCUCACCAGCGAGCCCUGUGGCCAGCCGUGCGGGGGGGCGGCCGGCCACUGCACCGCCUGCUCCCCGUACAGCUCCCCCUUUUACAUACGGACCGCUGACAUGGUGCCCAAUGGGGGCGGAGGGGAGAGGCUCUCCUUUGCUCCUACGUACUACAAGGAAGGGGGACCCCUGCCCCUCAAGUUGGCAGUGCCCCAGAGUUACCCGGUGACGUGGCCAGGUUCUGGGCGUGAGGCCUUCACCAAUCCAAGGGCUAUUAGUACAGACGUGUAACCCCCUUCACCCCUGACCCCUCCACAUACCUACCCAUGCUGCUGUCCCGCUGCUGUCCUGGCAGGAACACCAGGGAGCAGCGGGGGACCCCUCCAACAGCCCACAAGGACAUCUCAGUGUUGUUUGUUGGUUGUUUUGGCUUUUCUUGCCCCACAGUGGAAUUAGAGCUGCCCAGUGCAUUGAGAACCAGGGCAGGGCCAGGCCCUGUGGCCCGCAGGUGGGGGCUGGCAGGACAAGUGGGCAGCUGGGCCUCUUUCUGUGCCUGAACCUUCCUCCGCCAGCACCAGCCCCACUGCAACCCCUCUUGCUUCCCUUGCUCCCCACCCAGCUUUGGACUGUGAGAGGACAAGCAGCAGAGAAAGCUAAGUGAAGGCUGCCUCCACCCCAAGACUCCUUGAGGGAUGGAAGAAGAAAGGGGACCUGGGGUGAGGAGAGAUGUGAGAAGUAGGGCAC